AUGAUUUUUAAAGAGGCCUUUGUCAGAACAAACGGUUAUAAUGUGUGUCCACGUGAUUCUAUAGAGGCCUAUCUCGGAAGAUACGGCUUUAAUGUGUGUCCACAUGAUUCUUUAGAAGCCUAUCUCGGAACAAACGCAUUUAAUGUGUGUCCACAUUAUUUUAUAGAGGCCUAUCUAGAAACAAACGAGGCCUAUCUCGGAACAAACGGUUACAAUGUGUGUCCAUAUGAUUUUAUAGAGGCCCAUCUUGGAACAAACGGUUAUGAUGUAUGUUCACAUGAUUCUAUAGAAGCCUAUCUCGGAACAAACGAGGCCUAUCUCGGAACAAACGGUUAUAAUGUGUGUGCAUAUGAUUCUACAGAAGCCUAUCUCGGAACAAACAAGGCCUAUCUUGGAACAAACGGUUAUAAUGUGUGUCCACAUGAUUCUAUAGAGGCCUAUCUCGGAACACACGGCUUUUAUGUGUGUCCACAUAAUUUUAUAGAGGCCUAUCUCGGAACAAACGGUUAUAAUGAGUGUCCACAUGAUUUUACAGAGGCCUAUCUCGAAACAAACGGUUAUAAUGUGUGUUCACAUGAUUCUAUAGAAGCCUAUCUCGGAACAAACGGCUUUAAUGUGUGUCGACAUGAUUUUUUAAAUGCCUAUGUCGGAACAAACGGUUUUAAUGUGUGUUCACAUGAUUCUAUAGAAGCCUAUCUCGGAACAAACGGCUUUCAUGCCUAUGUCAGAACAAACGGUUAUAAUGUGUGUCUACGUGAUUCUAUAGAGGCCUAUCUCGGAACACACGGCUUUAAUGUGUGUCCACAUGAUUCUAUAGAAGCCUAUCUCGGAACACACGGCUUUAAUGUGUGUCCACAUGAUUCUAUAGAAGCCUAUCUCGGAACAAACGCAUUUAAUUAG